AUGUCUAUAACAUUCGAACACCCCCGCUCCUACCCAGCCGCCCUGCUCAAGAAGCGCCACACCCUCCCCUCCCAUCUCCACAUCUUCGUUGAGCGACCAAGCCGACACGCAAUAUGCUCAUCGCGAGACUUCAACUACGAUGCCCUCAAUAAGUCCAGCAUCGAAGCCCAUUUCCAGCGCAACGUCGCAUCGAGCUUUAUCUCACUGUACGAGAGCAAAGCCACUGCCUCGAGGAAACGCCCUCAUACAGACAAAGUGGGACAAAAGCCACGGUCAUUCCAUGCCGCUGAAAUGACCAUCGACACGAGUGGGCUGACAGCGGCAUGGGUGACUGUAGACAAAGACGUCCGUCUUCCAGUAUGGUUUGACAAGGACAGGCAGGAGUCCGAUAACGCAGACGACGAAGAGGUAUUGUGGUUUUGCCUUCAAGAGCUGAAAGCAGUACUACAAGUCAACGAGAAGCUUGGAGAGAAGGACGAGUGGCUCGCCUGCGGGUUUAUUCCCGAAAGUAGAGUUGUCACUCGUCACGCUUCAUCGAAUGAAGAAUACCCAGAUGGGGUAGUCAACGACAAGGAAAUAGAAGAGGCUUAUAGACAAGCUCGCCGCGACCGCCAACGCAUCGAAGGGGAGAGGCUUCAAGUCGACGUGCGGGAAUCCGAGCACAGACUCAAGAAGACGCUGUCUUCGGGCUUCUUGAAAGCCCCUCAGAUCCCCAGCCGGAAAAGCUCUCUUGCCUCGCUGAAUGGCAAGGUUGUGAGCCAGUCUAAGAAGACGGCUACCCGGGCUUCAAAGCUUCGCGUGGAGACGCGCGACGUGUCGGUCUCGCUGACGGGUGCGGAUCCACGGCGUGCAGCGUCGCUGAUGAAAUAUGCGUUGUUGCUGGCGCAUGAAAAGAGGUUUGAAGCAGAAGAGUCGUGGCUUUCGGAGACGACUCGUUUGGCUGGGGGUGUAGAUCGGGGUGACAGUACGAGGACAAUCGAUGAUGUGGGUCGUAGAGAGAGGCGAAGCGGGUUUGUAGAGCGUCAUGAUGAGGCCUACUUGACGCCGCCGCAAUCACCAAUUACCUCAUCUGGACGAAGGGGCAUGCAUGAGCGAAGGGGUCGUAAUGGUGCUGAUAACCCAGUCAAACGAUACGAAAUCACUCGACAAGAUGAUGAACAAUCAGUCCAGGAAAGAGGAAGACGUAUGCGUCGCUCUGCCGCUCCAUCGCCCUCGCAGUCUUUGCUAGGACAUCAUCUUGAAGGAGGCAACGCGUCUUCGCUUCGACCGCGUCUUUCACGCCGUGAGCUCCUCUUGGAGCUGCAAUCAGACGAAGACUCUGUUCUACGAGAGUACGCAAGAGUCAGUCUGCAGGACCCCUCUGCCCACCACCAUGUCCGCCAUGGUACGCCUAACGGCGCAAGGUCAACAUCGACGGUCCCUGGAACCCAGCCACCACCCAAUCACACCGCCUACGGUGCAGCCAACGAUGAAUUUAGCCCACCAGAUGAAUCGGUCUACUCCGUCAUGUCGUCUCUCUCCUCCCUGUCCGACUUGGCGCAUGCUACCAUCGAGGAGGCCACGUUUGCUACCGUCCAUCCCGGCUCUGAUGUUAGGGAGAUCGAGAUACGGCGUAGGAAUCCGGGGUCGUCGUCUGCGGAGGCGAAGUCAAGCGAGGAGGAGGAGAGGGGAAGGAGUAGGAAUGGUUGGCGACGGCGACGACUCUCGGAAGGAAGGGUUUCGGGAGUAGCCGCAGAAGCACCAGCGGAAGAGGAUGUAGAGCCUUUUCCUACUUUUGAUCCGCAAGUACCGGGUCACGUACAGCUUUCACGAUCUGGAAGCACUGUUUCUGCGUUUGCUGAUGUUCCUUCGGCAUCGACACCGAUACCUCCACCAGUGGUCUUGAAACCCGAAUCUUUCUUUGCCAGGAGUAAAAAACGGUUUGAGAAGGGCAAAGACGUUUCUGAGCGUUUAGCAGAAGUACGGGAAAGUCCGGCUGCUGCGAAACCGAAGACCGUGAAGGACUUUUUGGAGUUGACGGGGUGGAGGUCUGGCGAUAAGAAAGAUGGAGCGAGGUGA